AUGCCAUCAUUAACAUCUCUUAGUCCAUUCGAAUGGUUUGAAAUUCAUAGUAAUUCUCGUUCACCUCAACUUCGUAUUGGUCAUUCAAGUACAUUUACUCGUUCGUCUUCGAAUAUUUAUAUCAUAGGUGGAGCAAAUCCAUCAGAAUGUUUUGCAGAUAUACAUUCACUUUCGUUACCAUCACAAACAUCUGAAACAUUUAUUUGGACAAAAUUAAUUGGAGAAGAUUCUGCUCUUCGACGUUAUGAACAUUCAGCUGCUUUAUCUUCAGAUAAUAACGAACAAAUCAUAUUUUUUGGUGGUGCUAGUACAGAAAAUAAUUUUAAUGAUGUUCAUGUAUUUAAUAUUCCAACAAAAACAAUCGAAAAUUGGACGCCACAAGAUAAUAAAUUAGUAUCACCACGAACUCAUCAUUCAAGUUGUUGUAUGCAAAAUGGUUUAUAUAUAUUUAGUGGUGGUUUUCAAGGUGCAAAAGCUGUUGAUGAUGCAGAACUCUAUCGAUUUGAUUUAGUGUCUCAUACAUGGUCAUGUGUACCAGCACAUGGUUCUCCACCUGAACAACGACAUGGUCAUUGUUUAUU